AUGGCGAUCUUCAUGGCGAUCCUCGGAAUCUGCACAGUGGCGGCCAUGGUUAUCCCAAGUCUCAUCAAAGGACCUCCUCCUCCACCUCCACCUCCACCAACGAAUCCACCUCCUUUAACAAAUCCUCCGACUGAGAAACCUGAACAGACAUUUCCUCCUCUUCCAACAUUCGCGCCAAUAACUCCUGCCCCAACGACAGAAAUGGAUGUUACACCUGGAAUUAUUCUUCUUGUAGUUGUCUUUUUCAUCUGUAUUUCAUGCUCGGGAGUGGGAGUUUGGUGGUAUAUGAGAAAGAAAAGAGAACAAGAAAUGGCAAAGAAUACACCUGGAGGAUUUGAUGAUUCGUAUGAUAUGGAAAGUGGAACAAUGAGUGGAACUUCUGGAACUUCUGGAACUUCGACGUUCGGUACAACUGCCACUGGCACUACAAGAAGAACAAAAACCACAAAAUCCGGAUUCACAACGGGAUCAACAACUGGAACAAAGGCUAAGAAGGAUAAGAAGAAAAAGAAGAAGAAGAAUAAGAAGAAGGAUAAGACAAAGUCUAGUCAUAGUCAAAAAAGUGAUCCCAAAAUCCCUAUGACUAUGUCUCCAGUUCUUCCAAAUCCUGAGAUUCCACCAGGAGCAUCACCGGCGGCAGCAACACCAGUUCCAGCUCCUGAAUCUCCUGCUCCAGUCCCUCCAACCGAAGGAAAUGCUCUUGCAGCAGCAGCCAACUUCUCACCAAUCCCUAUGACUAUGUCUCCAGUUCUUCCAAAUCCUGAGAUUCCACCAGGAGCAUCACCGGCGGCAGCAACACCAGUUACAGCUCCUGAAUCUCCUGCUCCAGUCCCUCCAACCGAAGGAAAUGCUCUUGCAGCAGCCAACUUCCCACCAACAGCACCAGAACCCGCAGCACCAGAAGCUCCUUCAGUUCCUGCUCCAGCCUGUAGUAAAAGGCGCAAACAUUUGAUAUCAAAGAUGUCGAAAAAGGAAAAAGCGAAUCUUUCUAAAAUACAAACGGGGUUGAAUUCGGUAUCCAAACUUGUGCUCUCAUCAACCUCUUCAACAAUGGAACGGACAGAAGAUGAUGUCGGAGAUGAAAUGGAUAUUUCUCUAGAAUGUGAUCUGUGUAAGAAGCUGAUCGGAGGACUGAAGAAGUUGGAACUUUUGGAAUGUGGCCACUUUUACUGUGUGAACUGUACACCACAGCAAUUGAAAGAAAAGCACACAUCCUGUUUCACUGCCACAUCUCCAUCUAGUGCAUUCACUCGCGAAUUGUCUCCGAAGCAAAUAGCUGAACAUGAUGGGGAACUGUCUCAAGAUGGUGUUGGUGCUGAACGGUCAAAUAUUCGUGGAAGUGGUCGUCAGUCAAAAAAAAUCCAGGUACCAAAGUCGAAAAGUGGACGGAAGAGGAAGAUAAGAAAGAAGCCUGAUCAACAACUCUGGUCUUUUUUGUAUCUUGCGAAACCGAUUGUAGUUAAUCUUCCGAAGAAUGCUACUUACGGUGACUUACUUAAUACACUUCAUUUGCUCCUUGGUGUUGAUAAGAAAACUCACGAAAUCCACAUCAGAACUCACAAAUCGUCAAGUGAAGAAGCUGAAGGAGAAUUGAGUACUCCUGGGGAACCGAAUCCGGUAGAGGUGAUUGAUUCGAAGUCUCGACUUCGUGAUCUUCGAAUUCCACGUCAAAAAAUGGCAGUGUUGGAAGUAGAGGAGAAGAAAAAAGGGAGUGCAGAAGAUAAGUCAGAACCGAAAAAGAAUGAAAAGGAGAAGAGAGGGAUACAUGAAGAGAUGCCAAGUUUGAGUCAGAGUCGUGCCGAGGAACCGAAAUCUUUAUAA